AUGCUCAACGAGGAGGCGGAGCCAACGAACAGUUUUGCCGUCGACCAACUGUCGAGGAUACUCAGCGUCUUGGCCGGGUCCAACAACGACAUCAAUGUACUCAACCAGUCGCCGUUGUUCACUGAUGUGCUUAGAGGAGAAGCACCCAUAGUGAACUUCACGGUGAAUGGACACGAGUACAACUAUGGUUACUACCUUGCCGACGGCAUCUACCCCUCCUGGCCGGUGUUCAUGAAAGGUGUUACUCUUCCACAAAGUGAAAAGCAUCGACUGUUCACUGCUGCUCAGUCAGCUUGGCGCAAAGAUGUGGAGUGUGCCUUUGGAGUGCUGAAGGCUAGGCAACGUGGGCACAGGGCGCCGAGGCUCUUCGGCAGGGAGAGGCCUCUCCAUGCCGUCCUAGGUGGACGCAAAGCGGCGGACAUCAUCCUGUGGAGGCGGAAGGAGGUGUCGGCGUCGAUCCUCGGCGCGGCGACGGCAGCGUGGGGCCUGUUCGAGGUGGCGGAGUACCACUUUCUCACGCUCGUGUGCUACGCGGCCAUGAUCGCCAUGGUCACCUUCUUCCUGUGGACCAACGCAUCCGCGUUCCUCAACUUGCCUGUCCCAAGGAUCCCGGAGAUGGUCCUGUCAGAGAGAACCACGAGGCAGGUGAUCCUGGGCCUGCACAUGAGGCUCAACUGGUUCGUGCACAAGCUCUACAACAUCGCUUGCGGACAGGACCUGAAGAUGUUCAUCCUGACGGCGGUGUCUCUGUACAUCGGGUCAGUGUUCGCGAGCUGCUUCAGCUCCCUCACCCUGCUCUACAUCGUUGUGUUCUGCACCAUGACGGUGCCGGCGCUGUACGAGCGGUACGAGCACGAGGUGGAUCACCUGGUGGCGAAGGGCGCACACGAUUUCCGGACCCAAGUCUCCCGGAUGGACUCUGGCGUGCUCAGGAAGAUCCCCAGAGGCAAAGGGGCUACCGCUGCACAAAGGACGGCGACGACGAACGAUAUCAACGGAUGGCACCGGUCACAGGCUAGCUAAACCAAUUAAGCCAAAGACUCACCUGGUGAAUAAGUAAUCUAGCAAAGCUGUACAUGACUACAUGGCUUGAGCUGCAGAUGCACAUACAUGUAGGUUCAGAAUAAGACCUCGACCACCACACGCUGCACAUGGAUCAUGGAUGGAUGUCAUCGAACCACACGC